AUGUUUGCCUCUUGGUAUACCUAUCCAGUGUUGACCCUGUGCCUGCUGCUUCUUGUUACCCAGCAGGAUGUGUGCCAGGCACAAUUAUCCUUUCACACCGAUGCCAACUCCAACUCCUUCACACUAAAGACGCCGGCACUGCAACAGAGUUUCACGCGAUACUAUGGCGCCGCCAAGCAGCAACAACAACCGCAACAGCAGCAACAGCAGCAACCAGAGUUGCCACAAGCUCAGCUUCAAUCAUUAGACGAACAACAACAACAACAACAACAAGAACAACAACAUCAACAGCUGCAAAUUCCAAAUCGUUUCUCCGGACGCACGGGAGUACAAUAUACGGGUGUGUUUCCGCAACAAUCCCUCGGAGGUCGUCAAGUCAAACCAAAGUCGGAGUCAGUUGUCAACACGCUGCAGCAACAGCAACAGUUGCAGCAGCAGCAAUAUUUGGCACAACAACAACAACAACAACAGCAGCAGCAGCAGCAGCAGCAACAACAACUGCAAACAGUGGGAAAUAUGCCCAGCUACGCGGAUCAAAUGCAAGCCGCCUUCCUUGAUUACCAGCGUCAGCGAUUGGAGUUUGAGCAGCAACAACAGCAGCUGCUCCAGAAGCUCUACACCUACUAUCCCGAUGUGUCGAUCGGUCAACAGUCUCCAUCUCAGUCGCAAUCUCAACCAGCACAGUCGAACAGCUUUGGGCAACGGCAGUCGGCCGGUUUCUAUGGCAGCAACAAUGGAUUGCAGUUGCAACAACGCCAGGCUGUGCCACAGCCGCAGCAGCAGCAGAGCCAGCUUACGGAGUUGCAAUCGCAGUCGCAGCCAGCAGCUGGUAGACAGCCAAACUACUAUUCGACCCUCCAGCACAUGGGAUUCCUGCAGCAGCAGCAACAGGAUAUUCUCCGCGAGCAGCAGCAACAUGUUGCCCAGCAAUUUGCGACCGGGCAGAAUGCGCCAAACACCUCCCAGAGCUUUGGCAUGGCAAUCCCCGAAUCCUCCGUAUUGGGUUCUCCAUCGUAUCAACCUUCGUCAGCCGUAUCCCAUGUGAGAUUCAGCAGCGGCAAUCUCAACUACAAUUUCUAAACGAUAAGCGGAUACACGGAUACACGGAUAAACGGAUAAACGAUAAGCGAUAAGUUAUAAACGAUAAAUGGGAGCCGAAAUCCAUUGCAAUUGAUGCCAAUCCUCAAAAAAUGCCAUCUCAAUUCUUGUUGUUGAUUUUGCAGCUCAUUUUCACAUCGUCAAGUGGAACCAACAUAAACUCAACUUUUUUUUUCUUUUUUUUUCGCAAAUAGCUUUAGUUUCAUCAUCAUCAUAUAUUCUAAGUUCUAUAUGUAUAUACAUAUAUAUCUAUAUAUAUAUAUAUUCUUUUGUAAACAUGUCCAAAUUGGCUACAGAGUAGAAGCGAGUAAUAAAUUGUCAGUAGUAAAAUUUAUA